AAAUCCGGCGAAAAUCAGAGCAUUAAUCGGCAAGAGGCGAUAGAAGCAGCAGGUUCUUUGCUGCAUAGGGCUGGGCGGCGCAUCCCGACGAAUAUACAUCGACGCCGACGCAACAACUAGAAGGCGCCUCGACCCACAAAGCUGCGGACUAACAUAGUGCGGUGAACUGAAUAACAGCAUCGACACGGCACGAAUGCCUCGCGUGCUAACUACACGAUCGCGAUUUGUUUUCGAAUAUUACAACCCACAACUAUAUCGAGUACAUAAAUAGACGGAUAGCACAUCGACCUAUCUCACUUAAUGUUGUGACUUGUAAACUCUUCGUUAAGUUCCGUAUUUUUAUAAUCUGAAAAAAAAAGAAAGUGACUUAAAAGUGAUUUGAACUUUUUCGAAAAAUGAUGUGCUUUAAUAAAAGUUCAUUUUCAAGAUGACGAAGAAUGGCCACUCUUUGUUUGUUAGUGUUUUUUGUGGCGCUAGCCUUAGCGGCACCAGAUUGGACGGAUUGUCCGACACCUUGUCGAUGUACAUGGAGUUCCGGAAAAAAAACGGCGUUAUGUCAAAAAGCGGGCUUCACCGACAUUCCUGGCAGUUUGGACGAAGGCAUACAAGUAAUCGAUCUCUCGGGUAAUUUUCUUUCUAAAUUACCUCGAGCAGUGUUUCAAUCGGUCGGUCUAAUUAACCUUCAAAGGAUAUAUCUUUCACGUGCCGGUUUGACCGAAAUCCAUCAGGAUGCAUUUAAUAGUUUAACAAUACUAGUGGAAAUUGAUUUAUCAAAUAACGAAAUAACAUUUCUACAUCCGAAUACUUUUCACGGAACUGAACGGUUGCGUAUGCUUUCUUUGAACGGUAAUCCUCUAAAACAACUUGUACGUGCUCAGUUUCCACCAUUACCACAUCUUAAAAGUUUAGAGUUGGAAGGAUGCUCCUUAGAAAUUAUAAACAAAGAAGCGUUUAUACAUUUGACUGCCCUAGAAACUAUCAAUUUGAAAUAUAACCUUCUCCGUAAUAUAUCGGAAGCAACUUUUAUGAAUUUUGCUCAUUUAAAAACGCUCGCUUUAGAGGAGAAUCCCUGGCGCUGUGAUUGUAAUUUACGGGGCUUUAGAGACUGGUUUUUAGCUAGUAAGCUUCAAUCCGUAUCUUUGAGUUGCUCUGAACCAAGGUCAUUAAGUGAACGUUUAUGGGAAAACGUGUCCUCUGAGGAAUUCGCAUGUAUACCUCAAGUGUUCGCGUAUCCACAACAACAGGUGCAAGCAGAAGCGGGAGGAAACGUCAGCUUUGGUUGCCACAUCCUUGGAGACCCAGAGCCUCAAGUUCUUUGGCUUUACGAAGGCCACCCCAUCAAUCAUACUUGGUUAGUAGUUGAAGCUGAAGAAGGAUUAUUGGAUAAAUGGGCCAAUAUAAGUAUAUAUAAUGUUAGUGAUGCCGACGUGGGUAGAUAUACGUGCGUCGCUAAAAACAUUCUAGAUACGACUUCUGUUAAUGUAAGUUUAGUGCUUCCGGAAGUUGUUACUGCAACAACUCUUAUUAAAGCAGACAAAAGAAUGGUGUGGUGGGGUAUGGUGAUUGUGGGCGUCGGUGUGGCAUUUUCCGCGGUGAUAACUGUGAUUGCUGUGUACUGUGUUAAGAACAAGAGUCAAAGACGGAAUAUUAAAGCAAGCGUAAGUUUCACGGACCAAGAAAAAAAACUUUUGGACGUUAGCAUUGCUACCACGACUGACAGAGGAACCGGUAGUUGCGAAGCGUUGGGACCCGAUCAAUUAGAUAUGAUGGAUCCUCCUGUACAUAUUACUAUAGAAAGGGAACCUCCUUUACCUCCCCUAGCAGUUUAUCCUCCUCCGCCGGAAUUCUCGAGUAGUACACUACCUGCGGGAGCAUAUGGCAAUAUUUUUAUUUCAGUAUCAGUUAGUCGAGAUCCGUCGAUCGAUGUUUCUAGAUGCCCUGAUCUAUUGGACUUGCCUCAUAGGCCCAAGCCUGUCUAUCAUGGUAUGGCGACGUUGCCUCGACGUCCUUACGCUUUUCCACAGUACGACAACAUGGGGCCCAGGGUGACUGCUGGGGGAAGUUCCACGCUUUCUCUUCCUGAUGCUUCAGCUGGAGCUCCUAUUGCUCCUGUAGCAACGCAGUUACCACCUCCCCCGCCUCCUCCUUGCGUUCCGCUCACCCCAGAGUUUGUCUCUCUCUAACCUCCCUGUGGUUAAUCUUCAAUUAGUGCCUUUGCUCACAUCAUUAUUAAUUUAUAUCUCUACAUUUGUCAACUGGAUAUUGUCAACAAGGUAAAUGAAAUUUUAAUUACUAGUAGCAAAUGUGGAAACGUAAUAUUUUUGGCAUAUAGCCGCCUCUUUUUAACAGAUUUCUUUGUCCAGAAAAUCACAUCACUUUUAUUAUAAGGGAUAGCUUUGAAUGGAACCAAUAUGAAAAUGUUAUUUUCAUAUUGGUUCCUAACCUAACCAAAUUUGAUUUUGAUAUGUAGUAGUUCUGUAGGAUACCAUUUGGAUUUGAAGUGGUUUUGUAUGUAUUCCUAAAUGAGUUAAUAAAUUCCAAAUCUGUUGAAGGUUGUGAUGUGUACAAAAUGGAUAAUAGACUAAAGUAUUAAAAGAUCAAAGUAGCAGAUAAAUAUUCUUUCUGUGCUCGCAAAAUUUAACUGUAUUUAAAAACUAUUUUUAUCCUCAUAAUGAAGGAAAAUUGAAACUUUUUUCAGUACCUUCAUUUAUUUUGUUUGGUUUCAUCUCUGUGAUUGCCCGACAUAAGACAGUUUUAGAUAUUCAUUCACGAUGAUGAGUCUAUUAUUAUUAUUGUUGUUACAUCUAAACUUACCAAUUUGUGCAUUAAGCACAAUAUAAUUGGAAAUGACACAGUGAAUUUAAAUUAGAUCGCUCUAAUAAACAAGCAUAAUUUUGGAUAUACACUUCUAGAUAAUUUUGAUCAACAAAAAAAUUAGUUACGUAUUAAAAAAUACUAAUUUUUUUCUUUAGCUGAAAUUUCAAAAUGCGGGGGUUAUUUCCCACAAUGUAUUUUGAUUCAUUUAUAAUAUUUAAUCAUCAAUUUAUCAUUAUGAUAAAAUCAAUAAUUAUAGCGCAGAACUAUAAUUAUUUAAUUAUUUCUUGUAUAUGAGUCAAAAUCGAUUUAGUUAUUUUAUAUAGUUGCGAAGAAUAUAAGUAUUCUCAAUAAAAUAUGUUCAAAUUAAUAAUUAUUUAAAAAAUAAAGACAUAUUUUAAUAUGAAUGCCAAAUAACCAAUGCUGUAGCUUCUCAUUUCCGCCAGUGACCCUAGUGAGAAUUUCUCAACCUAUACUGUGAAAACUUCAAUGAGAAAUUAUCGAUAUUCGAUUAUCCUCAAAUUUCCACAUUUCACAGCUCUUCAUACUCUGUAGAGAAUAUUGAGAAAACUAUUUAUCUGAAAAAUUUGAAAACUAUCAUAUCCAUACGUCAAGGUAUGGAAAAAGAAAAUAAAUGUAUACAUACUGUUAACAAUCUUUAUGGAUUUUAUUUUGUUUUUAUGGAAAUUAAAUCCUAACCCAAGUGAAUAUUCAUCUUUUCAUCAAUCGUACGAAAAUAGAACGUUAUAUUUUUACAUUUCAAAAAAGAGAAACUCAAUGAAGUUGAGAAGUAGUUAUCUCUAGCUCCUAAAUUUAAUUCUAACAACUCUCAUUUUAAAAAUUUAGAUAAUUAUACAAGUCAUUUUGAUAAUCUAUCAGGCGUCAAAAUUCAAAAUUGAAGUUAGCAGUUUGUUCUUAUAAUUUCGUAAAAAAUUAAAUUAAAGACAAAUUUAAUAGAUGGGUAUAUGUAAUUAGUUUGAAAAUUUGGAGCCAUUUUCUAUUUUUAUUUAAUUUAUCAUUAUCCCACUCUGAUUCCCAGUUCUUCCCACUUCAACUACAUAUAUUUUUUUAAUUCUUUCAAUACCAGGAUGGAAGUAGAUUUAUGGUAAAAUCAUCAUAGUAAAAAUGUGAAUAGAAUAGAGAAAUCUCAACUUUUGAUUCUCUUUGAUUUUAUACAGUUUAAUAAAUACUAACAUGAAUUUUUCAAGAGUUCCAGGAAACACCUCCUGAAGAAAAAACGACUUUCAUUUUUUAUAUAAUAACCAUGAUAUUAAUAAAAAAGUGAAAAAUUAUUUUUUAAUAUUAAUUCGAUGUUAACAUUAUGCAAAAGUAUAUAAAUAAUUUAUAUCUGCUUUACAUUGUAUUAGAAAGUUUUGCGCGCUGAAGAGUUAUACGCACAAGAAAAAUGUUUUCUCUCCAAGGUCUUGUUUCUGAAGUUCGUGAGGUUUCUGAUAUGGAGUUUAUAAACUCAUUUUAGAUGCUCAAGGAUUUACUUCACUCUCAUUUAGAUCUGUAAAUAUUUUAAAUGGGUUAAUUAAAUCUUAAAAUGAACUUAUUAAAUUAUAGUCAUCAACUUCUUUUUCUUAAGAAAGCUUACUAUGAUCUAGCGUACUUUCUGGAGUCAAUUGUAAAAUAGGUAUUGUUGGGAAGUAAACUUUGAUUGGAUUAACUUUUUUUUGGUGGUAAUCGCAUUUUCGUUGAAUUAUUCAUAUCAAGUUUAUUUAUUUUUUAUUUUUGUACAUAAAUUGAUAAAAAGUUCCCUACAAUUGAUAAAAUUUUCCCAAUUUUCUACAUAUUUUAUAUUUUCUAACAACGUAAGAGCACAAUGAGUAUGGUAGAAAAUUAUUUUCAUAUUAAUAAAUAUAUCAUAGCUAUUAUGUACAUAAUAUGAAUCCUUUCAUGUCUCCUUCAAAAAGUUUUGUAUAGGAUAAGAAGGAUGAUUAUUCUGUUUGAAUCUUUAUCUUAUCUCUAAAUUGAUUAUAGAAUACUGUCUAUGUUGGGUUGACAAGUAUAUUAUGAUGUAUUAGAAUUAAUAUUUUUGUAAAAUAUAUUUCACAAGCGUGAAAAUAUAGAAACUCUCAUAUCAAAUUAUCAAUCAGUAUUUCUAUGAAUACAAGACAUGAUUAUUAACUAUUAUACCAAUUUCCUUUAAUUGGGAGAAAAAUUAUUAUCACGUAUAAUUUGGAUAGAAUACUUUUAUGUUAUAAUACUCAAUGGAUACAAAAUGAAACCAUACAAUAGAUCCAUGCUUUAAUGGAAUCGAAUGCCAUAGCUCAAUUGACAUUGGUAGAAAGCUUUCGAAAUAAGGAUCUUCCUUUUCACUAUUAUGAAAAUACUUUUGAAAUAUCUACAAUAAUUCUAAUAUAGUGUUUGAAUGAUUGAAGAUUUCAAAGUGAAACAACAUUCGACAAUUAUUAUUAACUCGUUAACAAAUUCAAAAUUGAACAACUAUCAUAUUCAUUUAAUGAUCGAUAAGAUAGAUAUAAUAUUUGUUAAUUCUACAUAAUUUAUGUAAUAUACAGUCUUUUUAGAAAAAUAAUUCAAUAAAUUCUUGAAACCUAAGCUUUCACAACUAAAAACAUUGAAGUCAGGUAUCUUAGGGAAGAGUCUCAAAACAUGGAAGAAUUGCUUCAUGGAUCUCAUCUUAAAUGUAUGAUUUUGAUAAAAUAGCUCCCUUUUUUCUCUUUCUAUUUGUUCAACAGCGAAAAUUUUAUGAAAUCGCUUAACGAACUAACAGACCACAGUUUAUUUCUUCUAGGAAUCGAACAAUUUCAGGAGAAACAAUAACGUAUCUACACUUACAAAAGUUAUAAUUAGGAUAAUUGAAUCGAUAUCCUUGGAAAAAGGAAGUUUGAUAUAUUCACUACUUACUUUCAAAAUACCAUUAUUUUCUGUGACUUACACCCUUUUCAAUUAAACCACAGUUGUUCGUGAAGGCAUUCAAUCAUCAAAUGUGCGAUGUAGCCGUUCAAGACUUUGUUGUUCACUUGAAAUUAAAGUAGAGCAUAACGCGGACAUAUUCUCUUCACAAAUCCAUAUUUCGAUUACAAAUCGUUUGUACCACCAUUUAUUGUUGAUGGUAGCAACCCAAAUGCAGUCAGAGUUCACUGAUAAUGGUAUUUGAAAAGAGAGAUAUGCAUAUAUCAAAAUAUACAGAGUGGCUUCGUAUCAAGUGAUCACAAUAACAAUCUCAACAAAUACGAUUAACCGAAAUGAUAUAGAUAUUUUUAUAUAAAGAAAGAAAAAGUUUUUGAUGUGUCUCCAUUUACUAAUUUUAUUCUUUCAAUUCUAUUGACGUAUAUUUUCGGUUUAUCACUCUUCAUUGCCAUCAUUAUCAUUUAGCAGCCUGUUUCGUCUACUACCGGACAUAACACUCUUUUAACCUAGUCCAUUUUGGUCGGUCUUGGGCAUCUUGUAUUCAUUUGGAAGAUUUUCUUUUCAAAUCGUCCGUUCAUCACGUCGGCGGUCGUCCCCUGCAUUCUCUUCGUUAAUCUAUUAUCAGACAAACUUGCAAUAGGGCCAGCACAGUUCCAUUUUAAAUGUGUGACUCUUUGAUUUCAAUUCAUAACUUUUAUUCUUCUACGCAGUUCUUCGUUUCGGAUUUUAUCUUGUUAAUGUCAUUUUUAACAUGGACCCCUCCAUGGCUCGUUAUUCUUAUUUUAUUCACAGUUUUUUAUGUCAAUGUUAUUGUUUCUCAGCCAUAAAUCAAUACUGACAGGACGCAUUGGUCAAAAUGCAACCCAAGUCAGUUGUAUUCUUCUGUUUAGUUGGAAGGUGUGAGGGGUUCUUUUCAUUCGGAUCUCAUGUCCUAGAUAUUUGUAGGAUGUUACGUAUUCGAUUCUUUUCUUUCUAGUGCUAGGCUACGACUGGGGAUUAAAUUUGUCAUAAAUUGGGUCUUGGCCAUAUUUAAAUUUAAAGCUGUAGAUAGUUCUAAGAUCAUUUUAUUUGCCUCGUCUAGUCGGUCUAAGAUCAGCACAAUAUUGACGUCGAAACGCCGAUAUUUUUGGUUUUCUCUAUCCACGUUAAUGCCUUUACUGUGUAGUUACUUCUUUUCAAAUAUAUGAUGAGAGUUGUGAAAAGUUUGGGAGGAAAUGUGUCACCUUGUCGGAGGUUUUUUUUAUCCUGAAUCGAUUUGAUUCUGCAUGUGUUCAAACCUUUACCGUUGCCUGCUGUUAUACGAGGUGUGGCUAUUAAAUAACGAGACUGCUUCCGAAAAAGAGUUUUAUUAUGAAAUUUAUUCUAUAUUCGAGUGCUCCCCUUCAAUAUACUCCCCUACCCUCACCUAACCUAACCUAACCUUUCCAUACUUUUUUCCAUUGAUCGAAGCAGUGCUGGAAGUCUUCUUUGGUGAGUGCCUUUAGGAGCUCUGCUGGUUUCUGCUUUGCUGCUUCCAUCGACUCAAAUCAGGUCCCUUUUAAAGCAGAUCUUCUCCUUACCUUUCUAACCUUCCAAAGAAAUCUGAGACCCGUUGACGCAAGAGCUUUUGGUUAGGAGUCAGAUUUUUUGGCACCAACUUCGCACAGCCGUUUCUUUAUGGGCGUUUACAGCAUCGGCAAUCAUCCGGAUGCUCAUUCGAUGAUCUGCACGUAUAAUUCGGUCACUGUUUCCGGAGUGGCCUCUAGGCGUGCAGUCUCGUUAUUUGAUGGCCAGACACGUAUGUGCCGCAAUAUAAAAACAAAGCGGUGGUCUAUACGGCAGUUUACAAUAGCUUUAAACAAUUCAUAGUGAUUUAUUCAGUUAAAUGCUUUUUGAGAGUCGACGAGUAUGGGCUUGUCGUAUUCUACACUUUUUUCUUUUAAUUAUGUUAUCAUCUAUAGCUGCUUGUCAUGUGCAGUCAUGAUUUUGGUGGAUAAUUCAUAUAGAUGUGACAGCAGGCUUAUGGGUCUAUAAUCUUGUAGAUAUAUGAUGUUGCAUUGGUUAUUGCUUUCAGGAGCUCAUUUCUUUUGACUUUGAUAGCUUCCACAAUAAUACACAUUCCGCCCGGUGAUUUGUUAUCACUCUUAUAUCAAAAACUUUUUUUGUUUCAGAAAAUAUCAAAGUCAUAAUGAUUUUAGUCAAUUUUUCUAACUUGUAACUUAUGUAUUAAAAAGUAUACUAUCAAGAGUGAAAAUCAUACGUAUACUCAUAAGAAUUCUAAGAUACAAAAGUAAGUUAAGAAAUUAUUUUCAUAAAAUACUUGCUUCAUUGUCGUUUGAUAUCUGAUGAAACACCAACAAUUAAAUAUUGUUUUCAUAGCUCUAACAGAAAAUCGUUUGUUACCGACUAAAUUUAUCAGAUUUACUAAAUAGUGUAAAAAUAAAAUGCUAAGAAAUUAGAGAAACAAAAUUUUGAAGUUAAUUUUACUUAAGUAUUAAUUGAAAUGUAUAAAUAUCAAUAGAAUAGACUACCAAAACUGCUGGUUUCCCCUCGUUUCUUGUACAUUCAAGCAGUUUUAUUUUUAUUAAGAUUUUCAGCGACUAUUAGCCAGACAAAUGAUUUAAACCUUUCCAUGUUCUAUUGACGUUAAAGAAAAAAUGCUUUCAUGAUAAUUUUAGUCGAAACUAAUUGUAAAAAAUAAAUAGGAAUACAAUAAGCUAGAACUAUUCGAUUGAAGUUUCUUAAUUUUCUCUAAUAAUAACAUUGCUGCGUUGGUAAGUAUAAUUCGUGGAAAACAGAUAUUCAAUACAUAAUAUCGGUGAAAAGUCUUAUCUCGCGUAAUAUGAGCAGUUUUAUUUGGAAGGAUAAUAUUCUAGUUUUGCUGAAACGAUUUCACUGUCAUAUGACACAAAUAUUAUGUUUCAUUAAUACAAAAAUGAUGCUACUAAAACAUGUUCCUCAAUAUCGAAUAUAACAUUUUCUUUAUCGCAACUAUUAACUUCUGAAUGUAGAUCAAAUUGUUUUACGAAGUUUUCUUUACAUUUUUUAAUCAUUUAGUUGUUAAUUAUGAACGAUAACCACAGCCAGAGGUAGAUUUUCCUUUUAAUUAAAUAAUUGUUAUUUUUGUUGAGUAUAAGAAAAUAUUAGUUGAUAAUAUUCUAUAACUGUUGAUAGAAAUGCGGAAAAUGACAUUUUGAAAAAAAUUUGACAAAUAUGAGUAUAUUACUUGAGAAUAACUGAAUAUAUGAAUAUAAUAUUGAGAGAAUAUGUUAGAUAUUUAUAAAAUAAAGUAAAUAUUUGCACUUAAUUGGUUUUUAUUUUCAAAUAUCUAAUAUCGAACUUUGUUUUUUUUACAAAUAUAUAUAUAGUAUAUUGUUAAAAUUGUAUUUGUUUAUUGGAGUUGAAAUUGUUAGUUUUGAUUCGAAUUUGUAAUAAACAUUAUUUUUAUUGAAUAGAUGAAUGUGUUUAAUUAAUUGUUAAUUGAAAUUUUCUGUUCUCGUAUUUCUUUUUCUAAAUAAACAAAUUUUAUAAUAUUUUUGUUUUAUUAGGCUAAAAAAAAUCACGUACAAAAUGUUAUGGUAAAAUAAAUGAAGAUCUGAUUUUAUCCAGAAGUAUUUUAAAAAAAUUUAUAUCAUGUUUAUAAAUAUGAUUAUUAUACAUUGUGUGCAUAAAGUAACGUAAUACGAGAUAUAUCCAGGUAAGUUCGGUUUGGUUAUAUGAAAAAGAUACAGAAAACAUAUUUUUCUACGUCCGUUAUAAUAUUCACGUAUUUUUUCAUUCAUUUACAUUUAUAAAGAAUGUAAUUUCUGAAUCGGUCAAAAAUCGUGAAAAAAAAAUACCGUAGUGGUCUAUUAUUUUACGCUUUUGCGUUAAAAAAGUGCCGUAAUGUGUCAUUUUUUAACGCUAUUAUAGAAUUGUUUUAUCAAAAUAGUGGGUUGUGAACGCCUUCUAAAGUGUCACACUUUUAUUUCUUGAUAUUCGUUCAAGAAAAUCCGUUUCGUGUCUAAUUAAAAGGAGUGUAGUAUUAUUAUUAUUAGUGAUGGUGAGUAAUAGUGGAGACAGUUUAAACUGCACAUCAGAAGAUGUUGUUGAAUCGGCAACUGCAGCAACUAUGAUUCUUCUCCUUGAGAAAUCCAAGGAACAGUAUUUAAAAGAAUAUAAUUGUUUUAUGUAGUAGCGUACUAAAAAAGGUAUAAACAGCUUCACAGAAAGAGUGUUACUAGAUUACUUUGAAACUAUAUCCAAAAUGUGGAAGUCUUCAACACUUUGGUCGACUUAUUCAAAACUGAAAGACACCCUAAUGGUGAAUAACGACAUAGACAUCAGUAAAUACUCGAAGCUCAUUGCAUAUUUGAAAAAUAAAUCAGUUGGCUAUAGACCCAAAAAAUCUAAAACAUUUGCCCGUGAAGAAAUUAAUAAGUUUCUGUUGCAAGCUCCAGACGAUCAUUAUUUCAGGCAUAAGGUAUGACAGCAAAAAUUUUUAAUGUAAGCUUAGAUAUCUUUCAGGUUGCUUCAAUAUUCGUAAUCGCAGGAGCUCUGCGAGGGAGGAUUAUAUAAAAUGAAGUGUAACGAUAUCAAUAAUACCGGAAAUGUUUUAAUUAUUACAGUAUCUGAUAGAAAAACUGAUGUUCAACGUAGAUUUACUGUUAUUGGUGAAAUAAAUGACAAUAGAUUAAACUUGGUAAAUAUUUAUAAAAAAUAUAAAAACUAACGACCCACAAAUGUCAAAACGGAUCAUUUUUUUUGCAGUAUAGAAAUGGAAAAUGCAAAACUCAAGCUGUAGGUAUCAAUACCUUUUCAAACAUUCCCUCGCUUAUCGCAACAUAUUUGAAUUUACCUAAUCCAAAAAACUACACUGGGAAUACAUUUCGACGCUCUUCUGAGUCUCUAUUAGUGGAUUCCGGUGGUGAUAUAAUUCAACUAAAGAAGCACGGUGGGUGGAAAUCCAACACAGUUGCGGAGGGUUACGUAGACGAUUCAAUAAAAAACAAAAUGGAUUCCGCAGUGAAAAUUUUAACGCGAACAACUAGUUCGACUUCAAGCAAAUUGUAAAUGUUCACGAUCCUACUAACAAUCCAAUAAGUACUAAUACAAUUAUAGACGAUGUUACUUCUUUGAACUCGUUAAAUGUUGCCAAUUGAAGUACCAAUAGUAAUGUAACUUCUUUUUCACUUCAAAUUAAUAAUGCUCACGGUUGUACUUUUAAUAUUACUAUUAUAAAAUAAAAAUUGAUACAAUUUUUGUCGUAGACGUAGAAAAAUUUUUGUAUGAAACUCGUGAGUAAAAUAACUUUUUUCACUCGUAGGAAUUGCCAAAUAGGUUAAACCGCCCUGCUCGUGAAAAAAAGUAUUAUCUUACUCACUUGUUGCAUAAAUAACUAUUACUGUAUAAAAAUCUAUGGAUGCCUCCUUCAUAGAAGACUGCCGCCUCUGUUUUCAACAGAUCGUUGAAUUGUUGACUACCAACGAAAGAUUAUAUACAAGAAGAGAUUGAAGUCACUGAGAGGGAGGACUAGGUUCGAACAGAAUAUGACCAAACACGUCGCAGCCAAAUUCCUGUAGGAGUUUUUUGUGCUUUCGCAGUGUUUGGUCGGGCAUUAUCGUGGAAAAGAAUAACAGGUGUUCGUUCUGCAUUACGCAGCGCAAUUUCUAAAUAGUUUCGCAAUAAAUAUGUGCAUUGAUUGUUUAAACUGUGGUUAGAAAUUUGCAAAAUGCCUUUCCUGCGUUGCCACUGAUAGAAAUAAAAAGUUAUUUCACGGAUAUACCUCGUAUUUCGAUUUAUGAUUGAUCAAAAAGGAAAUGCACUGCACUGUUACUACAAAGUUAUAUAUCGACAUAUUUUUUCAAGCAGCUCACUCUAACUGUUCAGAUUACCAUAAUCUUUUAAAUUAUGAAUACAACUGUCUAGUCUGAAGUUAUUGAAAACAAAACAAUUAGCUAGAAGAUUAAUAUUUCAUUACAUAUUUCAUUCCGAUAAUUUUAUUUUGUCUUGUAAACUAUAUUAAUGAGAUAUCAUUAAAAAAAGUCUAAAGGCGAUAAAUCGGUACAUGUAACUGGCCACUCUAUUAAACAACAUUCUCCACUCGAUCUGUUCUUGAAAACUGAAUUUUUUAUAGCAGAAACUAUGUUAUUUCCAAAAUAUAAAUACUAUGUUUCGUUACAUUUUCGUUCAACCAUUAAUGGUCUAAUAAUAGUUAUUCCGAUAAUACCUACUCAAAUUAACUUUAAAAGGUCUUUGCUAUAUAUAUUUAGGUGUAGCCAUAUCCCAUUAUCUACAAUUGUUCCGAUUUCUGUUCCAUUUAACGUAAGUGUGGAUUAAUCGGUAAAGACUUAGUUGUAAAAUGAGAGUCCGCAUCUACUUUUCGUGUUAUGGUUUCAUAAACUUCCAUUCUGAGAUAGAGACCAUUUUAAAAUAAUCCUUGUAGUAGCUUGACUUUAUCAGGAUGGAAUUUAUUCUUUUCAAUAAUAAUCUGGAUGGAUUCUACAUGAACAUCAUGUUAUUAUGAAGAUUUUAUCAUUAGUCUUGGGUUUGUAAUUAAUUGGGAAAUUUUCAGUUGAAAUGUAUUACAGAAAAAGAGAAUGUACCAGAAAGUGAGUAAGUGAUCUAUGCAAAUUAUAAAUCUAACAUAAAUCAAAUAUUAAGUUACUUUAUGAUACCACUGUAUAAUAAAUACUUCAAUUAAUACAAUGCACUGCAAAAGUAUUGGCAUUUACUUAAGAAACAACGAGUUAUCAAGAAUGUAAUUCGAAUUUUUCACAUUUAGAUUUUAUCAGGAAGUAUUGAAAAGAAGCAUUUUUUCUUAUGUUUAUAGUUAAUAAUAUAAACUGCUUAAUAUUUCGAAAGGUAAAAGGAAGAUUUGUUAUCUGAAUUAAUAGCUGCUUUCCAUUUACAUUCAAUUGAUUAAAUAAUGACUUCACUGCUACCUGAAUAAAAGAAACACGUAAUGUGAGUUAAUAUUGUGUACUUAUUUGCUUAUUUUGAUGACAAAAUUUGACAACGUGAUGUCUUCAACGUGACUUUCAUUCUGAGUUCACAAAACUCACUGAAGCACAUGGUUUCAAGCUUGUGCAGAUUGCGGUUAAAAACCCAGUUAGGUCUCACUUUGAACUGUGUUACGAUGUCACAGGUGAGAAUUAUCUGAGUUUUGGUGUAAAUGGAAAGCAGCUAAUAUAUUUAUACUGAAUACAAGGCUUACUCUAGCUAAACUCACAAUUAUAGAAUCCGACAUAAACAUAUUAUCGUCGUCUUAGACCAGGGGUAGUCACCAAAGUAAUAUACAAUGUUUGUUAAAUAAUUAUUCUUUCAUUGAAACGCUAACAAAUACCGACUUUUAUUGACAUCAAAAUGUGAUAUUCGACAUAAGUUGACUAAGUAUUUUUUGAAAGUGAAAUUUUUCUUACUGUAACUUCCGAAAGUUUGAAAGUGAUUAAAAAAGGAAGUUAAGAUAUUCUGUUUUCUUCUAACUGUACUUUUUUUUCAUAUAUGUUAAAUAAAACUUUUAUUAGUUCAUUUAAUUUUGAAUGGCGAAGAUAGUUGGAAAUUUUUGAAAAAUGAAGGUCGAAUGGUGGAAUGAGCGACAUAUUGAACUGGAAUAGAUAGCUGGAAAUAGACUUCGCUGCAUGUAGGAUAUCGGAAUUGACUACAGAAUUUCAAAACACUUUUCGACAUGUAUUCACGCUCUUUCGAAAUGAUGGUCUAUGGAAAAGUGAGAGGAAUUCUGAUGUGCUGAAAAGCAUCAGUAAAAAUUAAAAUUGAAUUUUAGAUUUAGGGUUGUGAUUAUUAACGAAAGAAAAACAAAUCAAUAAAUUAUACACUAAGGAAGUAAAAUUUAUGGUAAAAUAAUCUGAAUGCAGACCAAAGUGAAUUUUUUGAAUAACCGUUUCAAAACUUAACUUAACGAAGGUGGUUUUAUAUUGCCACCGAGACAAGGCCAUUAAAGAAGGCGAAAUCAAAUUCCUCAACUGUAGUGAAAGUACAAAUUUCACCCGAAAAGGAAGCUGAGGAAGUAUUAGGAGAGGAUCCAAAGGGAGACAAUCAGAGAUACACCACUCGUGCAUAGGAUCGAGUUCUUAUGGGAAAAACAAAACGUAGACAUUGAGUUGAAUAGUUUCAUGGAUCUCUAAUAAAAAUCUGUUGAAACACUAAGACAGGUUAUGAGUCUGGGAAAGGAAAAUUGUGAGAAAAUGUAAACUUUAUAGACGAUUGUAGGAGAGAGAAUGAAAAAUAAUUGGAGGAGUUCUUCGUAAAUACAAUUCUAAAAAAAAAGAAAGUUAGGAAAAUUCCGCGGCGGACUACGUCAUAAGACUUGCUAACUAGUGAACAAAAA